UCUCGAGCGAGAUGGUCGCGUAUAGAACCUUUUUAUAGGUAGACUCGCGAGUAUCGGUUAAACCUUGUUCGAUCUAUUUCGAACUGUUCGUCAGGACAGUCUUUGUCCCAGUUAUUCUACAUGACAACGACACUUUCGUGUGUUCCUUCUUGUGCACUCGCCGAUCAUCGAUCAUUCCUCUGUUGAACGUGAGUUCGACGAAGCACGAAAACAGAAAAAACAACAGUCGUGAUUCGAAUCGCCAUGGAUCGCUCGUCGAAAUUGAUUCUACGGAAGAUGAUCAUAGAUAUCGUGUGCAUGUUGAUUGUUGGCAUUCCUAUACUGCUGUUCUAUUUCUUUGGUAAACCGUACAAACGUGGAUUCUUUUGCAACGAUGAAUCGUUGUAUCACCCGUUUCAUACGUCAACGGUGACCAGUGGUAUGCUGUACGUGGUUGGCCUUCUACUUCCUAUAUUUACGAUGUUAAUAGGUGAAUACUUCUAUGCAAGACACUGUAACAUAGACUCUACGAAGAUAUUGUUUGGUUACAAUAUACCUCCAUGGAUAUGGAACGCAUAUGAAAAGAUCGGGGUUUUCGGUUUCGGAGCAGCCGUGAACGUUUUAAGCACGGACGUAGCGAAAUACACAAUAGGCCGAUUGCGACCCCAUUUUAUGACUCUUUGUAUGCCUAAUGUUAACUGCAGCCUAAUCGAAAAUCAACAUAGAUACAUCGAGAACUAUACCUGUGACGAGAGCGUCUCGAAGAGUCUGUUGAAAGAUAUCAGAUUAUCCUUUCCCUCGGGACACUCGUCGUUCUCGGCCUACACCAUGAUCUAUCUUGCGUUGUACCUGCAAUUGCGAAUGACGUCGAAAGGUAGUAAAUUAUUAAGACAUUCCCUACAACUUGUGUGCCUGCUAAUGGCCUGGUUCACUGCAUUGUCACGCAUUUCCGACUAUAAACAUCACUGGAGCGAUGUACUGGCCGGUUCGACCCUUGGUACCAUAGUGGCACUACUUGUGGCGAAUUGCGUGGCAGAUCUUUUCAAGGAACGGAGAUAUUUCCUGUCGGAAGAGAAGCACCGUGAGGCCGAUUAUGAAACAGGAGGCGGUACACAGGUGAAUAAUGGCACUACUAAUCGCAACUGUUGAUUUAACGAGCUAGCUCUUCGUUUGCUGACCACAACAAGGCCGUCACUGUCUUCUAGUUAUCUCUGGGAAGCUAAUCGGGUCUCAGGGAACAAUACUAUGGGUGCCUGGAAUUCGAUCACCGCGGCCUACCACCAACAUGUUCGCGUACCUUUUAAUCCAACAUCAACUGCCUUACACUGGGACCGCUCAUCAUGUGCUGAUCCAACCAACAUCCUUUGCAUCGUCAACAUUAAAUAUGAUCGUGCAUCGAAAUCCUUUGUAAAAAGCUUUGCGAGAACAUUUUUAUUUCGUGAUCGUUCGAGACAGGACUGUCGUAUCCAUGGAUUGAAAACAGUUAUUAAUGUCGGUUUUCAUUCUUAAAACAGUUAUGGAAAACCGGAAUAGACUCGCAACUCUUAUCGGGUUCAUCGGUUACUUGUAUCGGUUACGGUUUCGAUUCUUCAGAAUUGAUAUUAUAUCAGUUAUAAAUUAACUUGUAUGUAUUUAGUACAUAAAACAGAACUAUGACCGAAAGGUAACGGUUAUGGAAUCAAUAUAAUAUUAGCUCUACGGAAUUAAAACCGUAAUCCAUUUCUAGCUUUUUCUCCGUAACUGUUUUAUAUAUCAGAAUCGAUAAAUAAUUUGGAACACUUAUUCUCAGAACUUUUUCAAUCCCUGGUUUUUGUUGUGUGCAUAGUUCGAGCCUUAAGUGGUCAGUUCAGAAUUUGUCAUUUUGCGGGGUUAAAUCGGUUGAAAGGCGAAUAUUGUGAUGUUGACCGUAGCUUACGCGGUUAUCUAGAUGGACAUUCGUGUAACGAUACCUUGGUAUUCUUUUAUUUCGUCCAAAUUAUCCCCUCGAUUAGAUUUAUGCUUAUUUUGUAAUAUGUCUAUUUUCGUUUUUUUCUUUUCUUUUUUUUAUGAUUUAGAUGAUCAUACGAUAUAGGUAUCGUGUAGAAACGAAUUAUUAUAUUUUAAAGAGGCGAAUAGGUAAAAGAUAUGUUUGUAAUUUUGACGAAGAUGUAUUUAUUUCUUGUUGAGCGUUAUUUAUUUAUAGACAGAAGUACUGAGCGAGUAUCUUGCAUUGAUUUUCAUAGAGAACAUUGCAAUUCGGGUUAAUAGUCGGUAGCUCUGCCAAGUAUGAGUCAAGAUUAAGGCAGGAGUCACAUAGUGUGGGAGAAAGUAGAAAAAUUUGAACAGGGGAUUUUGAGAUUUGGUUAUUUAGCAAUUGGAUAAUGUAUCAAAGGAAUUUCGGAAUUUAAGGAUUUAGAAAUUUGAAAUUUUGAAAAUGUAGGAAUUUAAAAAUUUAGAAAUUAAGUAGUUUUAAAAUUUGAAAAUUAAGAUAUUUACAAAUAUGAGAAUUUGUAAAUUUUUAAAUUGUUGUAUUUCUCUCCCCCCAUCUCGCUGACCAUAUUCUCGCAUUUAAAACUUCACUUCUGCUUGGUACGGCUACGCUACGGUUUUAGUUAAUUACUUAUUAUAACGAAUAACCUUGCUCGUAUUUGGUGCUUUGGAGAUCGUUGUGCUAACGUUAUUUAACGUUAAAACCUUGUAAAUACGAUAAAAAUUGAAACGUGAUAUUUUCUUGUUUUGUUAAAUCAGGAGGAAGAGGAUUGUCUUUAGACGAUUGCAGCAAAAUUUGCAGUAUUGAUCGCUUCUUAUAUUGUACAUAUGUACAAAACGAAUUUAAUUCAAAUGUACGUAUUUUUAGGUCGACGAGCUUGUUGCGGGAAUUGCAAGUUAGAUGGCGAAAUAACUUCUUAACAGUUAUAAAAAAUAUUUAAUAUAUUUAAAUCAUCUUGGUUUAUAUUUACGUAAUCGUGAAAUAAUUUAUACUGUGAUUAAAUCACAUAAGGAAAAAAAUGAUAAGACUGGAUGUAUGCGAUUACAAAAAAAAUAUGAUUGAAUGAUCGAAUAAAAAAGACAGUAGAAAUCGCUAGAAGUUUAUUUCGUCAGCUAAUGUUUGUUAGAUUUGAUCAGAAAGUAGUUAGCACAUGAAAGAAUAUUCGAAAAGAGAUUUGUUAUAAUAUGGAGGCUUUUACUUACUUCAAUAUCAUCUCAUCGAGCAAUGAAACAUUUAUUAAUGAUAAGCCUAAUGCAAUAAUCACUUGAUAGUUCGAAAGGGCGUAUAAUUUAAAGUAUUACGAUAUAGAUUUUUAUUAAGAGGAAUAAAAGAUAGUAAAUAUCGCGAAACUAUGUAAUCCUAUUGAAUUUAUAGAUAUAUUAUAAUGCCAUUUUGAAGUGUAUACACUUUUAGAGCAUGGGGAUACAGAUUCUUGUAUGUAGAAUGCAGGAUUGUUCUUCUGUAAUUGAGUUUCUUUUCUAUUUAACUAUUUACAUAAUUCAAAUAGAAUAUACCUAUAUUACAAAAUUAUGGAACAGAACAACCUCAUGCAAGUCUAUUGUAGGUGGAAUUGAAACUCUUUCUGUUUUUGUAAUUUAAGGUUUUAUUUUCCUGGGAAAAAAAUUAUGAUAUAGGAAGAAAUAACGCCAACAUAUUCCUUAGUGUCUCAGAACCGUAAUCAUUUAUUCUAUAAAUGAAGUAAAUUUAUAAAUUUAGAAGACUUCAGAUUUACAAACUUCAAAAUUUUUAAUUUUCGAAUUUAGAAAUUUUCAGAAUUAGAUAUUUGCAGAUUUACAAAGAUUCCAAUUUAGAAGUUUGAUAAUAUAGACACUAAAUUAAGGUAAUUUAGAAACACUGUAUACGCUGAAUUAUAAUUAGUCCAAUAACUAAUUGAUUGAUUAUAAAUAAUUAAGUUUAGUAUGGUCUUAAAACUUCUGUUCAUAUUUUGAGAACAAGGCUUAAUUUAUCAAUGAUAAAGACUUUUUGUCUAGAUGGAUUUACAUAAUUCUAUUGAUCCUAUAAUUUUGAAACGUUCCGUAUACAUACCUGUGUAUGUACACAUGUAAUGGUGCUCGUAUGGUUAUACACAUAGAACAAAAAUGUUCUGAAAUACGGCGGUGCUGUAUUAUUAAGUGGAAGUAUUGUGUACCUGUACACCGUUAAUAGACAAAACCGUGUACAUUUAUGUGUUAAGAUAAAAAUCUUUAUUUAUUUUCUAAAGAUUAUAUCGAAUUCUCCAUUUGUAGAUACCUGAAAGCGACCAGUAACUUCUAUAAUAAUUACUGAAACUUCAAAGCAAUUUACUUAUUUUUGUUUAAGUAACAAAUCUUGUAUCGUUAAACAAGACAUCCACUCGUCAAUUUCUGCUGUUAAUUUUGGAAUUGGUAAUGCAAUUUUGUAUAACAAAUUUUGCAAAUUUACUCUGUAAAUAA